AUGCAAUCAUUAUUUAGUAACUUGCCAGGUCCAAGCACCAACAUCAAAACAAGACAUUUAAUUGAAAUCAAAGCUGGAAAAAUGAAUUUACAAAACAAGAUGGUAUAUCCAGAUAAUCGUAAAGGUCUACUGUACCUUUACCAAAGUGAAGACUCUCUGAUGCAUUUCUGCUGGAGGGAUCGCACAAAUGGAAAAGUUGAGGAAGAUUUGAUAAUUUUCCCUGACGAUUGCGACUUUAAAAGGGUCCCUCAAUGCACAACAGGGCGUGUCUAUUUGUUGAAGUUUAGGUCCUCGGAUAGGAAAUAUUUUUUUUGGAUACAAGAGCCGAAGGAAGAUAAGGAUGAUGAAAACUGCAGGAAAAUAAAUGAAAUACUCAAUAAUCCUUUGAACACAGUGACUUUAUACGAAAAUACUAAAUGA